ACAUGAGCGGCCGCGGAAAGACCGGAGGGAAAGCCAGAGCGAAGGCCAAGACCCGCUCCUCCCGUGCAGGACUGCAGUUCCCAGUGGGUCGUGUCCACAGACUGCUGCGUAAAGGCAACUACGCUCAGCGCGUCGGUGCCGGCGCCCCCGUCUACCUGGCGGCUGUGCUGGAGUAUCUGACCGCUGAGAUCCUGGAGCUGGCUGGAAACGCUGCCCGCGACAACAAGAAGACCCGCAUCAUCCCCCGUCACCUGCAGCUGGCUGUCCGCAACGACGAGGAGCUCAACAAGCUGCUGGGGGGGGUCACCAUCGCUCAGGGCGGCGUGCUGCCCAACAUCCAGGCGGUGCUGCUGCCCAAGAAGACCGAGAAGGCCGCCAAGGCCAAGUAAAGCUGCUACUGAACCCCGAACCACAACGGCUCUUUUAAGAGCCACACAUCUGUCUUCAAGAGCUGUGAUCCGUCUUUAUUUACAAUGUAAACGAGGUUUUGAGGAGAAAAAGUUUUAUAUAUUGUAGCGUUCCUGCAACUAGACUCAAUUGUGACUAUUGUGUGUGAGUGAAUAAGAAAGGGAGGGACUUUGUGUGAGGGUUGCUAGGAAAUGUG